GAGCGCCUCGCCCCCGCCUGCUCGCGUCCCCUCUCCAGCGCCCCCUCCUUCUCCUCCUGACUCUACCUCCUCUUCCCCAUCUCUCAGGGAGACGAAGCCAAGGCUGGGUUUCUGUCUCCACAGACCCAUCUACAAACCCCAGUGGAGGACCCUAAGGACCCACGGAUUCCAUCCCGCGCACCGGGAGACUCUCGGCGGUGGCUCUUUCCUAUUGCACUUUGCCCGAAGUGGGGUCGAGGCGGAGUUGCUGCGGCGGCGCCCCUUCGUGCCAGCAGUAUGCGGAGAGCGGUGGGCUUGCCUGCGCUGUGCCUGCUGCUCCACCUCCACGCUGCAGGAUGCUCUUCGGGAAGCAACAAUCACUUUCUAGCAAUUCAUCAGAAGAGGAGUUGGAAGCCAGUAUUUAUUCAUCAUAGUUUACAAGACAUUGAGAAGAGUCUGGAUAUAGCUCCACCAAAGAUGUAUAAACAUAGCUAUCAUGCCUAUUCUGAUGUGCAAAUAAGCAAACACCACAAAAUUGUUAAUUCAGCGUUUCCAAGACCUGCAUAUGAACCUUCUCUCAAUCUGUUGGCUAUGGCUGGUCAAGAUCUUGAAGUAGAAAAUCUUCCAAUCCCAGCAGCAAAUGUAAUUGUGGUGACACUUCAAAUGGAUGUGACCAAGCUGAAUAUAACCUUGCUUCGGAUCUUCCGUCAAGGAGUAGCUGCCGCCUUGGGACUCUUACCUCAGCAAGUGCACAUCAACCGUCUCAUUGAAAAGAAGAACAGUGUUGAACUAUUUGUGUCUCCCAUAAACCGGAAAACAGGAACUUCGGAAGCUCUGCCUUCGGAAGAAGUUCUGCGUUCACUUAAUAUCGAUGUUCUGCAUCAGAGUCUAUCCCAGUUUGGAAUUACAGACAUUUCCUCUGAGAAAAAUGUUUUACCAGGGCAGCAUGAAGCGGACAAAAUCUGGAGCAAAGAAGGAUUAUAUGCUGCUGUCAUCUUUCUCAGCAUCUUUGUUAUUAUAGUCACAUGUCUGAUGAUUAUUUACAGGCUAAAAGAAAGGUUUCAACUGUCCUUAAGACAAGAUAAAGAGAAAAACCAGGAGAUCCACCUAUCACCCCUCACAUUACAGCCAACACAGUCUGAGGCAAAGACGGUCCACAGCAUGGUCCAGGGUGAGCAGGCACCAAAGGUGCUGAAUGUUGUCGUGGACCCUCAAGGCAGAUGCACUCCUGAGAUCAAAGCUUCCGCCUCCACCUCUGUCUGCCCUUCUCCUUUCAAAAUGAAACCCAUAGGACUUCAGGAGAGACGAGGCUCCAAUGUAUCUCUUACAUUGGACAUGAGUAGCUUGGGCAAUGUGGAACCUUUUGUGGCUGUCACAACCCCACGGGAGAAGGUAGCCAUGGAGUACCUGCAAUCAGCCAGCCGAAUUCUCACAAGACCACAGCUGAGAGAUGUUGUAGCAAGUUCGCAUUUACUCCAAAGUGAAUUCAUGGAAAUACCAAUGAACUUUGUGGAUCCCAAAGAAAUUGACAUUCCACGUCAUGGAACUAAAAAUCGCUACAAGACUAUUUUGCCAAAUCCCCUCAGCAGAGUGUGUUUAAGACCAAAGAAUGUAACAGAUUCCCUAAGCACCUACAUUAAUGCUAAUUAUAUUCAUGGCUAUAAUGGCAAGGAGAAAGCUUUCAUUGCCACCCAGGGCCCCAUGAUCAACACAGUGAAUGACUUCUGGCAGAUGGUUUGGCAGGAAGACAGCCCCGUGAUUGUUAUGAUCACAAAGCUCAAAGAGAAAAACGAGAAAUGUGUGCUAUACUGGCCAGAAAAGAGAGGGAUUUACGGGAAGGUGGAAGUUCUGGUUGUCAGUGUGAAUGAAUGUGAUAACUACACUAUCCGAAACCUUGUCUUAAAGCAAGGAAGUCACACCCAACAUGUGAAGCAUUACUGGUACACCUCAUGGCCUGAUCACAAGACUCCAGACAGUGCCCAGCCCCUUCUGCAGCUCAUGCUGGAUGUAGAAGAAGACAGACUUGCUUCUGAGGGCCGGGGGCCUGUGGUUGUCCACUGCAGUGCAGGGAUUGGUAGAACAGGAUGUUUUAUUGCUACAUCCAUUGGCUGCCAACAGUUGAAAGAAGAAGGAGUUGUUGAUGCUUUGAGCAUCGUCUGCCAGCUCCGCAUGGACAGGGGUGGAAUGGUCCAAACCAGUGAACAGUAUGAAUUCGUUCACCAUGCUCUGUGCCUGUAUGAGAGCAGACUUUCAGCAGAACCUGUCCAGUGAUUCACUGAAGAUUUUACCCAAGCAUCAAUCUCUUGAGGGUGAUUAUCAAAUUACCAACUUGAGGCUUCUAGACAGAGCUUCCUACAGUGGAAGGAAAGAGGAGCUCUGGAGCCAACCUGUGGCAUGGAUUGUUGAAGACGUGGCA